AUAUACAUUAUAAUCAACAUGGAAGCCACCCUGAAUAAUGAUAAUGCCAUUAGCAAGUGUAAUUCUACUUCUCUAAAUCCAAUCAUGAUGUUUAGAGGGAACCGACUUAUUGUGGAUGAGCUUGAUUUCUUUGAUGAGGAGAAGAAGAAAAAGAGUGAAGAUGAUGAUCAAAUGGUGCACACUACUAGCGUGGAGGAGCCUGAUUUAGAUACUAGCUUGGAUCUUGUAACAAAGAACACGGGUAGCCAUAGAUCAACAUCAACAGAUGAAGAUGCAACAUUGGAAACUGUGGAUGAUAAGAGAAAUAAUGAGUUUGUAGGUGUGUUAGCUGAGUUACAACAGAUGAAUGCUGAAAACCAACGCUUAAGAGAAUUGAUUGAUGAGAUGAACGAUAGCUACAAUGCACUACGCAUGCAACUUGUGGAGCUAAAGCAGAGGCAGCAUCACCAUGGGAUUAAUAAGAAAGAUGCGGACCCAAAGGAUGAGCAACCUUUAGAGAGCAAACUGACCAUGGUUGAGUUGUUGAAAUGUAAGGAACAAAAAAAUUGCACCAGAAAAGAUGUUGCUUUGGAGACUGAUAAGGUGGAAUUAUCUGGUAGUGAAAGUGCAAAAAACAGAAUGUUGGUGAAGCCUUCUUCUGACCAAACAUUCCAAGGGUGCAAAGUUCCUAGAUUGAGUUCUUUCAAUGAACAAGCAUCAUCUGAAACCAUGUCAAUGAUCAAGAAAGCUCGUGUAUCAGUUCGAGCAAGAUCAGAAACUUCAAUGAUUGCGGAUGGAUGCAAUUGGAGGAAGUAUGGGCAAAAAAUGGCUAAAGGGAAUCCUUGUCCAAGAGCUUAUUAUCGUUGCACCAUGAGUACUGGUUGUCCAGUAAGAAAACAAGUCCAAAGGUGUGCUGAAGAUAGAAGUGUGUUGAUCACAACUUAUGAAGGGCAGCAUAGCCAUCCUCUGCCUCCAACAGCACAAGCAAUGGCAUCAACCACAUCUGCAGCAGCCUCAAUGCUUCUCUCAGGAUCAAUGCCAAGUGCAGAUCAUGGCCUAAUCAAUCCAACCAUACUAGAAACUGCUUCACUUCACUCCUCAGCACAACAAAACAUGGCAACUCUCUCAGCCUCAGCACCAUUUCCAACCAUCACUCUUGAUCUCACUCAAACUGAUUCCACCAAUUCCUCACAACAAUUACAGAGUGAUCAACAACAGAGCCAACUUAGCCUCUUAACUCCACUUCUAGCUCAGAAUUUCAUGUCAGUUCCAAAGAUUUUUGGACAGAACCUCUGUGAUCAAAAUCAAACUAAUGUUCUUGCAAACACAGUGAAUGCAGCUACAGCUGCUAUCACUUCAGACCCAAAUUUCACUGCAACUCUUGUAGCAGCUAUAACAUCUGUUCUUGGAAGUUCACAUCAAAACAACAAUGGAGGAGAUCAGCAGUGCAAUUGAUGCAUCAGGCUUGGUAAUUUGAUGGUGUCAUUUGGUCUGGAAAUAGGUGUAGUUGAUUUUUGUUAUGUUCUAGGUGGGUAGAUAUUGAUUUUACUCAAUGUCAUGCACUUGAAGGAUCUUAUAUUUGAUGAAUCUGCAUUUUUUUUUU